CUGCAGUGUGAGGAGCAGCACCCAGACGGCAGGCUGGAGCCCUGGUACUCGUACACCCACUGGUUCCCCAUGGCCUCGUCCCACGUGAAGCGGGCCGCCCCGGAGCCGGUCCCCCGCAUGCAGCCCGCCAUGAUGAUGUUCUCCAGCAAGUACUGGUCCCGGAGGGGUCUGUCUCUGGACUCCGCCAUGUUCCACGAGCAGCAGCAGCGCCACACGGGGGGGCGGAUGUCGAGGAGGACGUCCUUCUGUCCCAUCAAUGAGGUCCCGGACAAAGACGGCGCUGAAGGCUGUGGGACGACGGCUGUGGUGUUUUCUCUGAAGAACGAGGUGGGCUGUUUGGUCAAAGCCCUGCGCCUCUUCCAGGAGAAGCGAGUGAACCUGAGUCACAUCGAGUCUCGGAUGUCAAAGCGAGUCGUCAAUGAGGUGGAGAUCUUUGCCGACUGCAGCUGCAGCAGGAAGGAGUUUGACGAGCUGCUGCAGCUCCUCCAGGAGCACGUUAACAUCAUCUCCUCCAACACUCCUGCACACCUGUGGUCUGCUGAGGCAGAUGAUGGAGAUGAUGUCCCGUGGUUCCCAAUGAAGAUCUCCGAGUUGGAUCAGUGUUCUGACCGAGUGUUGAUGUACGGAUCCGAGCUGGACGCAGACCACCCUGGCUUUAAGGAUGAAGUUUAUCGCCAUAGGAGGAAAUACUUUGUGGAAGUGGCCAUGAAUUAUAAAUUCGGGCAGCCCAUCCCUCGCAUCCAGUACACACCGGAGGAGGUCAGGACUUGGGGGGUGGUCUUCAGAGAGCUCACCCAGCUGUACCCGACUCACGCCUGCAGAGAAUACCUGAAGAACCUGCCGCUGCUCAGCCAACAAUGUGGUUACCGAGAGGACAACAUCCCCCAGCUGGAGGACGUCUCCCUGUUCCUCAGAGAGAGGUCAGGGUUCACCGUGCGACCAGUAGCAGGGUACCUUUCCCCCAGAGACUUCCUGGCUGGUUUGGCCUACAGAGUGUUUAACUGCACUCAGUACGUCCGUCACAGCACCGACCCGCUCUACACACCUGAGCCGGACACCUGCCAUGAACUGCUGGGUCACGUUCCUCUUCUGGCUGACCCAAAGUUUGCUCAGUUCUCUCAGGAAAUCGGACUUGCGUCUCUCGGAGCUUCUGAUGAGGACGUUCAGAAGCUGGCCACAUGUUAUUUCUUCACCGUUGAGUUUGGACUCUGCAAACAAGACGGACAGCUGAGAGCUUAUGGAGCCGGACUACUGUCAUCCAUAGGAGAGCUGAGGCACGCCCUUUCGGAGAAGGCCCGUGUAAUGACCUUUGACCCCAGGACCACCUGUGACCAGGAGUGUCUCAUCACCACCUUCCAGGAGGUCUACUUUGUGUCCGACAGUUUUGAGGAGGCCAAGGAGAAGAUGAGGGAGUUUGCUAAGUCCAUAAAGAGGCCGUUCUCGGUGUACUACAACCCGUACACUCAGAGCAUUGACCUGCUCAAAGACACGCGCGGCAUCGAGGACGUGGUGCAGGACCUCCGCAGCGACCUCACCACCGUGUGUGACGCCCUAAGCAAGAUGAACACCUACAUGGGCAUCUGAGCCUGGGCCCAUUCUCCACUCUGUUACUCCACUCUGGACCUCCGCUCUGUUACUCCGCUCUGUUACUCCGCUCUGUUCCUCCGCUCUGUUACUCCACUCUGUUACUCCACUAUGUUACUCCACUCUGUUACUCCGCUCUGUUACUCCGCUCUGUUACUCCGCUCUGUUACUCCGCUCUGUUCCUUCGCUCUGUUCCUCCGCUCUGUUACUCCGCUCUGUUACUCCGCUCUGUUACUCCACUCUGUUACUCCACUCUGUUACUCCGCUUUGUUACUCCGCUUUGUUACUCCGCUCUGUUCCUCCGCUCUGUUCCUCCACUGUUACUUUAUUACAUCACAUGUCAUUUAGCUGAUGCUUUUGUCCAAAGCGACUUACAAUGAAUGCAUUUCAACCACAAGGAGUCAAACUCAAAAGAACAAGUGCAAUUUCACUUCAUCACCAGGAUACUCCACAACGUUACUUCACCACUACCUAAAUUCGUCGCUACGUUAAUUUGCCACUAUGUCAGCAUUAUAUGUAUCUGUUUGAAUUAGACUUGAGUCCAUAAUUAACAAUAAAAACACACAUUAGGUGGUUUAGUCUUUAAGAGCGUUGUCGCUUUGUGUCUCUAUACUGAACAAUUAUUAAAAAUCAGAUUCUCUGGAACCAGAAUAAAAUGACAUGUGUAUUCAACCCUGAACCUUGAUGGUCUUCAUCUCAUGUUGGUGUUUCUCCACCUGGGAAAACAUCUGACAUCAUCAGUGUCAGGUGAUCAUAUAUAUGUAUAUUUAUUAGGGCCGGGACUUUAGCGCUAAUUACGAUUAAUUACAAUGUGAAUUAAGAUGAAUUAUUUACACAAAAAAUAACACAUUAAACAUUUUUUACGCAUUUUUACACUUAUUUUUUGCACCGCGGAACGUUUCUCACUGGAUGAGUUUCGGGGGGACCGAUUAUACUGGAGCACCAACUAGCGUCCAUGACUUCAGACAACAACAAACCACAGUGAACAUGAACCAAGAAGCUGACGAGACCGUGUCGGGUGGCCCCGUGAAUGGGAAAUCUUCUUAUAAUAAACACACGGAUGGAAGCGUCGAUAAGAGCGUGGUUGUGUGCAAGCUGUGCAACAAGGAAUUCACAUCGAGCCUCAAGUAUCACCACAACGCAACACAAUUAGCAGCUAGCGUGGACGUACAAGGACCCACACCCAACCCACACUGCACCAGAUGACUGGUUUAAGGACCAGGAGAGAGGACAGACGUCUCCGUGGACAGCACCGUCCCAUCAGCCUUCACUUCCUGCCGCCCACGUGAUGACCUCACUUCCUGUCCACACAGACCCAUGGAGGACGGAGACAGAUGACCUGCUGCUCUGGCAGCUUCAGUUUCUUGACUGGUUGACAUUAUUGAUCAGUACCACUACACUACUACUACUACAUAACUACUACAUUAGUCCUUCUACAGUACUACUACUGCUGCUAUAUAAUACUACAUCCGUUCAAAUACCUUACUGUUCUUGUAAUAAAUAAAAGUAUUGAUCAGAGGAAUAU